UUGGGGUCUGGUCGCGCAACGGUUCACGGGUGGCACUGUACUACCCACCCCGACAAUAAAAUACCACACCGUCGUGAAUGACACUAAUAGGGCCCGGCGCCCCAGGAAUGGCAUUUAUGAUGAAGAAGAAAAAGUACAAGUUCUCGGUGGAACUCCACCUGGAGGAGUUGGUGGAGGUGCCGUUCCUGAAUGCGGUGCUGUUUGCAAAGAUCCGUCUGCUGGACGGCGGUUCGUUUCAGGAGCACAGCAAUAGGGAGGAAGUGAAAAACCACACCGUAAAGUGGGGUCAAAAGUUCGAGUUUCCCUGCAAAAUGACGUCGAACGCGUCGACGGGCGUGCUUGACCCCUGCACCGUACGGAUAUCGGUGCGCAAAGAGAUUAAGGGUGGCAGGAGUUACCAGAAACUAGGAUUUACGGAUCUGAACCUGGCCGAGUUUGCCGGUUCCGGUCUAACGUCGCGCAAGUGUUUACUGGAGGGAUAUGACGCACGCCACCGGCAGGACAACUCCAUGCUGAACGUGUCGUUACGUAUGCACAUGAUUCAGGGUGAUAUAUUGUUUAAAGUUCCUUCUCCCAGUCCGAAAUCGAAGACUGCCCUCCCACAGGACAACCUCGGACUACAGCCCACCGAUCCGGCAAUGGCGACGGUCGGUCCCGUCGUUACACCCGUCGUAACGCGCGUUUCUACCAAAGACGAACCAUCCGCCGCAUCCGUCGCGUCCGGGUUCGAUUCGCUGCAGAAGAAGAAACCCACUACACAGGGACUUCCGACGACGAUAGAACACCAACAGUCGAUCGAUCUGGACCCGCAGUCAUUUAUCAUUACCGAUUCCGGUAUUUCCGAAUCUUCCGAACCGCCAUCGUCCCUGCUGGACUUCCAGUCGAAUCUAUCCCUUGUCGCAUCGUUACCGAUCAGUGUCGGUGUGCCGCAGAGUGGCAAUGUGCCCGGCAGUCAAGUGUUGCCGACCGUUGGUACCGUGCCCGGUGCAAUCGAAUUAGGUCAUUCGCGCAACUCGAGCAAUACUAGUCAAAUGUCCAAAGGCUCCGGUUACAGCAGCUUCUCCCACAGUCAACACUCGAGGCAAAGCUCCGAGGGAGAUUCCGGUCAUCAGAGGUUCCGUCCGGCGACGGCAACGGUUUACCAUGGCAAACCGGGCACGGUGCUACCGGUGGUGCCGGCCACCAGCUCCACAACCACCACGACUAGUAGUAGUACCGCACAGGCUUCUUUAGUUAACGGUGGCGUAAGCCGUUUCGUAACGAUCGCUAAUAAGAAACUUCUUACCAGCGGCGGCAUCAGCAACAGCAGCACGAUCAGCACCGUCAGCAAUGGGAGCAACGGCAACGGUCGACCCAAGAUCCUUAACCCUACCAAGCAGCAGAUGAUGACCGCGAAUCGGUUGCUCAUGAAGUUGCGCAUACCGCAGAGUCCAACCUCGGACUCGGGCGACGAUGUGUUUGUCACGCCGGACGUGACGGUACUGUCGGAGGAUGAGGGCGGUGGAAGCGACGAUCGUACGGAGUCGGGUGUGGAGGAGUUCGGUACACCGACGUCCGAGAUACCGCUCGCGAAGUUGAUCAAGAUCAAGAGCAUGAACAACUUGGCCGUCCCGAAGGGUGCUAUGUUCUCGGAUGAAGAGAUGGACCAACCGGACGGUUACAUCCUGCCGGACCUUAUUGAUGAGCAUCAUCUUACGCCCGGGAUGAAUCUGAGCCGUAUGAAAUCGCUUGGCAAUCUGUCGGCAUACGAGCGAGAAUUCGGUCAUACGCCGGUUGAUUUGCUACAGUCGAAGCGGGACUUCGAAACGCGAAGGUUCAGCUUUGCGAAAAUGCGCUCCCUAACCGAUCUAACUGCUGGUGAUGAAUCGGAUGAUGUGUUGGUGCGUCGCCGACGGCAGCUGGAGGCGGAAGAGAAGAGUUCCUCGGAUGAAUCGAAGCCUCCGUCUUCGUGUCAGUUGUCCCCUCCUAGCAUUGCUGGUGGAGUUGAGCUUGCGAAUCGCUUCCUACCGUUCCAGAUGCGCAGCUCAUUCCACAGCGGCGUGUAUCGGAAGCGAUCGGGAAUAGGUUACACACGGUACAUCGGUAAUGAUGAUGAUCCGGCGACAACAACUUCAUCCAAUGGUGGUCCAACGCUUGGCGGUACCAAUCUAACGAAAAUUAACUCGCUCAGCACGAUCCCGACAGUGCUGGCCGCAGAGCGUGUCAAUCAUGUGCCUUUCCUAACGCCCAACAUCGGGCGAAAACGGUUUGCUUCCGCUUCUAUGUACACAACAACUAACAACAGUGCAACGAGCAGUCCGGAUGAGAACGAUCCUGAUCCGAUUAGGUUAGCCAAAUCGAAGACAGGUUCCUCUCCUACCAGUACAGUAGCGAAGGUGAUUGCACGCAGCUCCGUUCGGGGUAACAAUCCGUUCGAGCGCAACUUCCGCAAAAGUGCUCCUAUUAGUGGGGUCGUUGUAGGGCAACCGGAACCAGCAUCAACGGGGUUGCGAAGCAGUGGCCUUCUUAAAACUUCCAACUCAUCAGGAUCCGUUCAACAGUUGCAGCAGGUAGGUGGAUUUUUCCGCCAGUCCGACAGCAACUUCUACAACAUCGUACGCAACUAUCCGAUUGGCAAGUCUUCCUCCGCCAAUCUGGAGUCGCUCAAACAUCGCUCUUCCUACAACAACUUCCCGCUGAGUCUAAAGCCUCAGCAACAUCCGCAGCAACAACAACAACCCCAUCAAAAGCUGUCGAAAGGAGCCGGUGAUCCGAAGGGCAUUGUACCUUUGGUCGGUGCGAAGUCGGUGGUUGCAACCAACCAUCAACCGACGACAACGACAGCAGCAACAGCGGGCAAUCGCGUCUACCAUAGAUUCCGCUCAGUAGUGCGGGUAGUACUUAAGUUUAUCAUAAAGGGACAAUCGAACCAAACGACAAACGAUUGCCAUAAGUCUGCCACCAGCAGCAGCUCCACCAUCAGCAACCAUGCAACCAAUGCCAAUAGUGGCGGUGGUAGUAACAACGCCACUAGUACACCUACCACUACCAUCUUUUGUACUAGUGCUACCACCACCACCACUACUACUACAACUACUACUUGUUGUCCCAAUUCUACUUCCACCAUUACCACCAUCUCGUCUACCAGUGCGACGGUGUUAAAAAACCCCAGUUCCGGUUCGAUCCCGAUGAGCGAAACCGGUUCACUCGAUCGCAUGAAGUCGGCAGCCGAGCGAAGGAAAAAGGGCGCCGGGCACGACGGGGACAGCGGUAUGGCGCCGACACUGUCCGGGCGCGUGGAGGACACCCGCGUCAACACCGGGCUAAUCAUAGACGAGCUGUUGAAAAACACCAAACUGGACCACUUAGAAGAAUCCGAAAAUCCCACCGGGCUAGCACUGUACAUUGGCAGCGAUGGUACGACGAUGGUUGGCAGCCACGAGGUACAUUCGCGCAUGCCGGCCGGAGCAUUUAAGCAGGUCGUAAUGGAAACGCCAAGAUAGUAGCAACAGUAGCGGCAG